CCCUGAAGGUGUGCUGUGAUAUCUGGCACCAAGAUGUUAGCAAGCCUGACAAAAUCUGACUACAUAAUGUUCAGUGUUUUGGGGGAAUAUUUGUUUCUUCCUGAUAAUGCUAAAUGAGCACAAAAUGAUCUUUUUUUGACCAGCUGUUUUUAUGGAAUAAUCAGUUCAAUAUAAAGAGGAACAACAAACACCAAUGUGAUGUGGACUGUUGUUGUAUGUUUUUGUAGGUUGUCUGGCUGUAUGGUGACAGAGAAAGGCUGUCAUUAUGUGUCUUCAGCUCUGAGUUCAAACCCCUCACACCUGAGAGAGCUGGAUCUGAGCUACAAUCACCCAGGAGAUUUAGGAGUCAAGCUGCUUUCUGAAAAACUGAAGAAUCCAAACUGCAAACUCAAUGUGGAUCAUGGGGGAAAAUCCAGGAUUACAGCAGGACUGAAGAAAUAUGCCUGUUUUCUCACACUGGAUCCAAACACAGCAAACAAUGAUCUCAUGCUGUCUGAGGAGAACAGAAAGGUGACAUGUGUGGUGUUUAAGUUUCAGUCGUAUCCUGAUCAUCCAGACAGAUUUGAUCGUGUGUGUCAGGUGUUGUGUAGAGAGAGUGUGUGUGGACGCUGUUACUGGGAGAUUGAGUGGAGGGGAAAUAUUGUGUUUAUAUCAGUGUCAUAUAAGAGCAUCAGCAGGAAGGAAUGGAGUGAUGAGUGUCGGUUUGGAGGUAAUGAUCAGUCCUGGAGUUUGACCUGUUAUCGCUCCAGUUACUCAUUCAGACACAAUAACAUAUGGAUUAAACUCCCUGUGAAGCCCAUCAUCAGUAGUAGAGUAGAAGUGUUCUAUGAUAAUAUCCGUAGAGUAGGAGUGUAUGAUGAUAUCUAUAGAAUAGGAGUGUAUGUGGAUGAGAGUGCAGGAACUCUGUCCUUCUACAGCAUCUCUGACACAAUGAGUCUCAUCCACACAGAACAGACCACAUUCACUCAGCCGCUCUAUCCUGGGUUUGGGUUUGGCUCUGUGUUUACUGUUUAUCCUGGAUCAUCAGUGAAACUGUGUAGAUGAAUGAGAAUAGACUGAUGAGAGACUGUACCCAUAAUGCUUUGAGCUGAUGAUGAAUCAGUAAGAGUGAGAUGUUGUGCAGCUCAACUUCUGUCACUCAAAUAACAGUCAGAAUAAAUGUGUCAGAAAUCCUCAUAUAGACAGUAACAUCAGUGUGUGUGAGUCUAUAUUUGUAUUUUUAUUGUCGUGUCUCAUCACUCAUUCAUUUUAUUAGUGUUAAAAUGUCAAAAUGUCACAAUCUUGAUGAAGAUCAUGUCAUUCAUUUCUCUUGUUUUUGUGCAGAAAUAAUAAAACAAUAAUAAAUCAAGUUGAGAUCAGA